AUGUCGAGCCGCCUCCACCUGGAAGAGGAUGCCUACGCGAUUGGCCGCGCUUGCAAGCGCCGCCCGAGCUCCAAGACCUCGGAAUGUGCAACCGUCCUCGACGAGGAGACGCCCCUUCUGGAGGCACACCCGAAAGACGUAGCCGAGACUGUUGCCCCCACAACGCCGGGUAGCAACAACAACAACGCCCCGUACCUGGGCGGCGUCUCCGUCACCCACCCGCUUCUGGCUGCUCUUCCUGCAGGUCAUGGCGUGCUCCUUCAUCGCCUGCUUCGACAGCACCAUCAUGGCCUCGAGCCACCCGGUCAUCACUGUCCUUACUUUGGCAGCAGCAACAGCGCCUCGUGGCUGUUGACCGCCUUUCUGCUGAAGUCGACCGGCUUCCAGCAUCUGCUCGAGGCGUACCGGGCGCAGGUGGUUAGCAGCUACGAGGUGGCGUUGAGGGUCACGUUUCUGGGGUGUGCGGUGCUGGCGGUCGUGAGUUGGUUGUUGGUCCUGCCGGUCAGGCUGCCGCGGUUGGGGAAGAAGUGA